AUGCGCUCUGCGGGCCCCUCGCUCACCCGCUCCCGCAGACUGGAGACUGGAGAUACGGAACGGACCGUCUUAACGACCCCCACCUCCUCCUGUACCCUCCCUCCUGCCUCCCGCCCCCCGGACUUUGAGAACCGAAAAGCGUCGAGAUUAGUGAGCAGCCCCGGACGGCCGCGGCGAAAGGCUGGGCAGAGGCAGUCGCGUCAGACUCGUACAGUACGUCGUUCAUGUGCCAUCUGGACGAGCGUUUAUGGACAAAAAUGA